GCUUUGCUGCCGAGUUCGGGCUUUGGAGUGGGAACCAACCGCUCGCGCCGGUUGCAAACCCUGCGCGCCGGUUGCAAACCCCGCGCGCGGCGACCUUAUGAUGCCGUUGGAUUCAAAGAAAAGCCGUUGGGUUGACUGAGGAGGAGGAGGCGACGUCCAUUGCAAAUGAGGCUGGCCGUAGGGGUAGCCGAGGGCGCCGCCGCUGUUUGUUUGUAAAAAAAAAAAAACCCCAGGUUCGGGGCUGUGUGUUGGAUUGUUCUUCCUUCCUUCCUCGCCGAGCAAGUCCAGCAACCCGUAAAUUGUUUUGAAUAUGGAUGUAACAAUGAAAAAAGAUGAUCUCGUCAGGAUUAUUACAUUUACACCACCAUUGUAUAAGCAACGUUACCAUUUUAUUAAGCAGUUGGUGAAUAAGCAUAAACCUAAAAAGGUAGCAGAUUUGGGAUGUGCUGAUUGUAGAUUACUCUGGAUGCUGAAAUUCUGCAAUUGUAUUGAAGAACUAGUUGGGUUAGACAUCAGCGAAGAAGUGAUGAAAGAAAACAUGUAUAUGUUGUCUCCCCUUCCUAGUGACUAUCUUCAGCCAAGUGAAAGACAGCUGACAGUCACACUUCUUCAGGGCUCAGUUGCUCAGAAGGAUCCUUGUAUGCUGGGCUUCGAUAUGGUAACCUGCAUUGAACUAAUAGAGCACUUAGAGGCAAAAGAUCUUGAGAAAUUUCCAGAAGUAGUAUUUGGCUUCAUGUCUCCAGCCAUGAUUGUAAUUAGCACACCAAACUCAGAAUUCAAUUAUUUACUUCAAACUGUGUCAUUAUUUAGACAUCCAGAUCAUAAGUUUGAAUGGAAUCGAACACAAUUUCAGAACUGGGCUGUAGAAGUUGCUGCUCGUUAUGAUUACACAGUAGAGUUUACUGGAGUAGGAGAACCACCUCAUGGGAAGGAUGUUGGAUUUUGUACACAAAUUGGAGUGUUUGUAAGGAAAAAACUAAGAAAUGUCGAACCUGACAGAUUUGAAGAAUAUCAGAGAAGAGUUUAUACAACGGUUUUCAAAAUCAUUUAUCCAAGCCUUAAAGAUGAAAAGUAUCUGCAGAAUGCAGUGGUCAAUGAGGUUUUUCGAGCAGCAGAAAUAAUUGCAAGGAAACAACUGGACUAUACAAAAUCUGAAUGUAGAAAGCCCCGUGACACUCUUAUUGGAACAGAAUCCCAAUUUCAGCGAUCUAGUUUCCAGAUGUAUUUGGACGAUUUCCCUUUCUCUGAAGCCGAUAGUAAAAUUAUGCAGCCAAUGGCUAGGGGAGACGUUAUCUAUGUACCUCUUGCAAAAAUAUUUUCUCUCUCCAAAGUGAAUCAACUUUGUGGUACCUUUGAAAAACUCAGUAAGCUCAUAACUGGCAAGAUGACACUAAGCCACGAUGGUUCUGCAGUGAUGAUUAAGAUGGAAUAUGAAGAUGAACCACAGGACGGUGAUCAGAAUUAAAAAAGAAUUCUUCCUGUCGUGAACAGAAUAGUCUAGUUAAUUGAAAUACUAGUAAUUGCUGGUUUAAAAUUGGGCUUAAAUGCUAUAAUCAGAUGUGACAUUUUCACAUUAAAUUGGAUUAUAGAUUAUUGAGUAACUUCUUAGUGUCCAAGAGUGGCACUUAAGUUUUGUUUUUCACCCGCGGAAGGUGGCAUGUUUCUAAGAGGCCGUUGCCCACAAAGUGGAUGAGGUAAUGUUAUAUUAGUUAGCACUUAAGCGGGAAGGAGGGGGAAAUCUUCCUUUAAAAGUGUAACAAAAAAACAUUCAAACCCAAGUAAGCAAUACAACUUUUCAAAUAAUUGGAAGCAGAGUGAGUGUGACAUUUAUUCAGCCAUGUCACUACAUAACUCUGAAUAGGAAUGCAUGUGAAAAAAUGUCAGUCUAAUCACAAAGCAAAAAAAAAAAAAGUUAUUGAAACAAAAGUUUAAAAAUGAUUUUCCUAAUUUUAAUACUAGAAAAAGUAAAGUUUAAGGAGUUUUGUAGUGAAAAUAUAGAGAUCGCUGUACAAAAGCUCAUUAUAUUAAGUACUUAAUAAACCCCUGUAAUCAUGUAUUAUGCUUUUGAACUUUUUCUCCAAAUGUCUUAAAUGUUUCUGUGCUUCAAAAUAAUAACUUGCUAAUUACAUAUUGUGUGUUUCUGAAAAUGACAAGCAUGCAUAGUGAUUGAUUUGCAGCGGGGAAUAACAAUACAGAUGGUUUGAGGGGAUAACUAUACAGAUACUUUCAAUCUUGCUUUCAAAUACUAUCAUUGCAGGAAUGACAGAGAUCCUGUCACAAUUCUUUUUUGUGAUGGACGUUCUAAAGCUAAAACAUUAGUGAUAAGGUGCAAUCCUCACUUUGAUAUCAUUAAACUGGUUUAUAUCAAACAUUUUCCCUCAAUUACAAUAAAAUAUCUUCAUCCCCAUCUCUUCAUAUUUAGAAAUAUAAAGGCUGCUCUCUGUACAUCCUGUCGAUCUUUCUAUAAUUGGUUUUGAAAUAUUGCUGAGAUUCCCAGCAGUGGUUUAACACAUUUUAUGCAAUGUUUGUUAUUUUUCCAAUGUGGCAGUGAACAGUUCUAUAACCUUCAUCCACAAGUACCACUGGCAUGCUUUUCUAAAUACUGCUACUGUUUCUCACCUUUCACAACUUUAAGUUGUUUCGAAUUUGACUCCCAGAAUUCCCCAUGCUGGCUGCAGAAUUCUGGCACUUGAAGUCCACAUAUAUUAAAAUUGCUAAGGGUGUGACACUAUAUUAGAUAAUAAUGCUAAUUUUAUCUUUCUCCCUCCCCCAUAUCUCUGAGAAGAGUGGAGACUUUAGCAUGGUUUCAAGGGAAACUUCCUAUAAGUUUAUUUAGUGAGUAUUUUUACAGGUAAAAUACAUAGGAUUUUAUUUAUCGUAUUUGUAUAGUUGGUCAUCUCACACAAAGUCAUUCUGGGCAGUAUACCAUAUUUUGAAAUAUAGAAUAAAAAUGCUCAAAUUAAAUAAAAAUAGCAUGCAAAAAUGUGACUCAUAAUUAGCUGUGUCAAGAAUCUCUGAUGGCAUAUGACAUAUAAAUGUGGCAAACAUUAAAUCUAGUAGAAAGCCAGAUUCAGUAAACGUGAAGUUCUUUUCUGUAUAAAAUGAACAUACUAUACAGUUUCUGGAAUCGGUACCAUCAAAUCCUUAAUUCUGUGCUGCAUAGCACCCAGAAUCAACCAGGAAAGUAAAGGUGGCAGAGAGAUCAAGGAGAACCAAGAAGACCGCAUCUCCCAAACUCCUCUUAUAAAGGACAAUUAGUGGUUCCUCACUCCAAUGACCAGAAGUGGAACACAGAAGUGGACAAUCCUUU